UGAUUCUUCAUAUCAAUGGCUUCUGUUACAAUGGGCAUAGUUUCACAGUUAUUUACAAGUGAUUAUGCUACUUCAACUCAUCAGUUUUGUUGUUUUUCAGCUAAUUCAAGCCCAUUACAUAUGAACUUCCCAAGGAAAAGUUGUUUGUUGAAAAGGGGUUCUUUGUUAAGCACUAGAGUUUCAGUUUCUACAACUGGUAAUAAUGCUAAGAUUGAUGGAGUUGAUGAUCAGUUGUCUUUGUCCCCUGAUGAGAUCAAACCAGCUCGUAAGUCUGCUGAUUGGAAAGCAGCAAUGACAUACCGCGAGAGGGGACUGAUAUACGAGGGCAAGGUUGAAGGCUUCAACGGCGGUGGUUUGCUGAUUCGAUUUUAUUCUCUUGUGGGUUUUCUGCCCUUUCCACAGAUGAGCCCUUAUCACUGUUGUAAAGAACCACAGAAGACAAUUCAAGAGAUUGCGAGGGACUUGACCGGUUCUGUCCUCUCUGUGAAGGUAAUCCAAGCUGAUGAGGACAAAAGAAGAUUGAUAUUCUCUGAAAAGGAAGCAAGCUGGUUAAAGUUUUCUAAUAAAAUAAAUGUAGGCGACACUUUUCAAGCGAAGGUCGGUUCCGUUGAGGAUUAUGGUGCUUUCAUUCAUCUGCGCUUCCCAGAUGGAUCUUAUCACCUUACUGGGCUUGUCCACGUCUCAGAAGUGUCUUGGGAUUUAGUUCAUGAUGUGAGAGACAUCCUUACAGAAGGAGAUGAUGUGAGGGUCAAAAUCAUAAAUAUUGACAGGGAAAAAUCUAGGAUUACCUUGUCAAUUAAACAAUUGGAGGAAGAUCCCUUGCUGGAAACUCUGGACAAAGUAAUUCAUAAGGAUUCAUCUGUCCAUACUAAUUCCUUGGAUUCAAACGGCAGCUCGGUUAUCGAGCCUCUUCCCGGGCUUGAAACAAUAAUCGAGGAACUACUACAAGAAGACGGAAUAUACGACAUAAUAAUCAGUCGACAAGGAUUUGAGAAGCGAGUCGUUUCACAGGAUUUACAGCUUUGGUUGUCGAAUGCACCAGCUACAGGAGAUCAGUUUACUCUACUUGCUCGGGCUGGAAGACAGGUGCAAGAAAUACAACUGACAACAUCACUUGAUCAAGAAGGAAUAAAAAGGGCUCUGCAACGGGUCCUAGAACGUGUACCAUGAGUUGUAUCUAAGAGCUCUAGGAUUACAGCAAAACAUGUACAACUAAAGUUAACGGGAGAAGCUCACACUGUCCGUUAUUUCAAGUUGUGCCGGCAUUGUACAGAACAGUAAAAAUCACUUCAAAAAGAUGUAUAAGCAAACACGUUCGGAACCAAAUUUGUUCAGAUAUAGUUCCCAGAAGCUAAGGGACCUACGAGCUACCCUUGUGUUAAUAGACGUGAUAACAUGAACUCAUGCAAUUUCUUGGAAUAAUGCUACCUAUAUUAAAGUUGAUCAGUUAUUUUUGCUGCA